AUGCCAGGCCUUGAUCCUGAUAUAGCUGAGCAUAAGCUUUCAUUAAAAAGUGGGUUUCGGCCAUUUCAGCAACCUCCCCGGCGAAUGUCCAGGGAAGUGGAUACUCUCAUCCAGGAUGAAAUUAAGCGACUGGAAGAUGCCAAGUUUAUUCGGGAAGCCCAGUACACCGAAUGGCUCUCCAACAUCGUACCGGUGAUGAAGAAAAACGGAAAGCUAAGAGUAUGCGUAGAUUUUUGGAACCUCAACCUGGCCACACCCAAGGACGAAUAUCCGAUGCCGGUAGCCGACAUGCUAAUAGACAGGGCAGCAGGACACACGAUACUCAGUUUCCUCGACGCACACUCUGGGUAUAACCAAGUUCCAAUCAGCAAAGAGGACAUCUCCAAAACAGCCUUUCGAUGCCCCGGGCCGAUCGGAGCGUACGAAUGGGUCGUAAUGCCUUUCGGCUUAAAAAACGCGGGGGCAACAUAUCAGAGGGCGAUGAACAAGAUGUUCAGAGGCCUCGACUGUCUUGAAGUUUACAUUGACGACGUCGUGAUCAAAUCAAAUACCAGUGAAGUCCAUUUGGCCGACCUUCAAAAAGGUUUUGAACGAAUCCGAUGUAAUGGGUUGAAGAUGAACCCUCUGAAAUGCGCGUUCGGUGUUUCGGCUGGAAACUUCUUGGUCGUAGUGUACGUGUUGUCCCAGACCGACAUCAUUAAGUAUAUUUUAUCAAAACCAUACUUAAGGAAUCGGAUUGAGAAAUGGGCGAUUGCGAUGUCUGAAUUUACAUUAGUGUAUGUUCCCCAAAGAGCAGUGACAGGACAAGUAUUGGCAGAUUUCUUGGCCGAUCACCCUGGAGUUACCCUCGGGGAAGAAACGGCAGAAUAUGAAGCCCUAUUUUUCGGCCUUGAAAUCCUGGCCGAACUGGGGGCAAAAACAAUCAACGUCAAAGGCGAUUCGUUGUUAGUCAUUAAACAAGUAACUGGAGAGUUCAAAUGCGAAUCCGAACUGCUGGUAAGGUAUUGCAAUAAGGCAGAGCAUCUCAUCGAUGGCUUUCAGGACACAAGGAUGGAAUACACAGAGAGAGCCGAUAAUAAAGAGACAUGCCGAAUCUACAUACUGGGGGGCAUCACCAUCGACGAAAGGAUAUUUUUGGCCUACCAACUUGAUGUUAACCAAGAUUGGAGAAUUGAAGUCUUGAAUUGGUUUGAGAAGCCAGACCAUACGAAUAGAAGGUUGAGAACCUUGGCACUAAACUAUGUAGUUCUAGCGGGCGAACUAUAUAAAAAGGGCUUUGAAGGGCUACUCUUCAGAUGUAUCGGGCCUCAAGAAGCAAUGCUAGCAAUGGCCGAAGUUCACGAAGGAAUAGCCGGUGCUCACCAAGCGGGCCCUAGAAUGAGAUGGUUAAUCCAUAAAUAUGGCUUCUAUUGGCCGAAGAUGGAACAGGACUGCAUAAGAUACGCUAAGGGGUGCGAAGCUUGUCAGAAAGCUGGCCCUAUACAACAUGUCCCGGCCGAGGAACUACACUCCAUCAUCAAGCCAUGGCCAUUUAGAGGAUGGGCGGUCGACCUCAUAGGGAAAAUAUAUCCUGGCUCGUCCGACGGCCAUACUUUCGUUAUCAUCGCCACUUGCUACUUCACUAAGUGGGUCGAGGCCAAACCCUUAAAAUCACCAACACAAGAAGCUGUGAUCAAAUUCUUCAAAGAAUAUAUCGUCCACAGACAUGGAUUACCCGAAUCAAUAACCACUGACCAGGGGACGAUGUUCACAGGAGGCGAUAUAGUUUGGUGGGCUUCUCAGAUGAAGGUUAAAAUUUUACAUUCAACGCCAUACUACGCCCAAGCCAACGGACAGGCCGAAGCCACGAACAAAGCUAUCAAGCUUAGAAGAUGA